AUUUUUUCAUUGUAACAGAUUGAAUUUACACACUGGGUUCACUUGCCAUUCGAAUCGUGGAUCCCUCGCUGGAAGAUUAUUAUCCUUGUUUAAAAGAACAUUUAAUAUGGGUGAUACACAGGACAAUGUCGCCGAUAUGGUGUUUAAAAUGCAAAAUUUUUCUUGGGUGGAUUACGUAGUUUUCAUAUUUAUGUUAGCGAUAAGUGCUUUCGUAGGUGUGUACUGGGGCUUUUUCAAAAAGCAGACGACGCAGAACGAUUAUCUUCUUGGCGGAAGGAAUAUGAAAGUGUUGCCCGUAUCCAUGUCUUUAGUAGCCAGCUUUAUUUCUGGAAUAACGUUAUUGGGUUCACCAACAGAAGUGUACAUGUACGGGACGCAAUAUUCUUACAUCAUUAUCGGAAUAUUUCUAAUGUCCAUUUUCAUGACUCAAAUAUACCUUCCUGUGUUUCACGAACUUAAGAUGACUUCAAAUUAUGAGUAUUUAUCAUUGAGGUUUGAUAAUAAAGUACGUCUAUUCGGUUCAAUGCUCUUCGUUUUUGCAAUGAUAGGAUGGUUACCAAUUGUUAUUUAUGUGCCAGCACUGGCUUUUAAUCAAGUGACUGGAGUUAAUAUUCACAUAAUAACGCCAAUUGUGUGCUUAGUUUGUAUAUUUUAUACGAGUGCUGGUGGUCUUCAAGCAGUCGUUUGGACUGACGUUAUUCAAAUAACUGUGAUGGUAGGGGCGAUGGCGUUAGUUGCUAUAAAAGGUACCCUAGAUAUUGGAGGAUUCGGUGUUGUAUGGCAACGGAACAUGGACAGUGGAAGGAUUGAAGCACCCAAUUGGGAUUUCAAUCCCACAGCACGACACACAAUAUGGAAUUUGGUUAUAGGAGGGGUAAUAUAUUGGUUACAAGCAAAUGCAGUUAAUCAAACUAUGGUUCAACGAUAUCUAGCUCUCCCUACGUUACGAGGCGCGAAAUUGUCGGUAUUUCUAUUCUGUAUUGGAAUUUCAAUACUUUACUGUUUCUGUCUGUAUUGUGGAUUGCUGAUUUAUGCUAGAUUUCACGACUGCGAUCCUUUGCAAACAAAGUUAGCGAAGGCAAAGGAUCAACUAUUGCCGCUUCUAGUCAUGGACGUUUUGGGAGACUUUCCCGGACUACCAGGAGUUUUUCUUGCUGGGAUAUUCAGUGCAGCUUUAAGUUCAUUAUCAACGAGCUUGAACUCGAUGUCAGCUGUGGUGCUUGAAGACUUUUAUAAGCCAUUCUUCAAGAGGAAAUUGUCUGACCGUCAGACCAGUUGGUUGCUGAGAGGUGUUGUCAUUUUCAUCGGAGUACUUUGCUUAGGAUUAACAUUUAUAGUUGAGAAAUUGGGAACAAUUCUCCAAUUGACGAUGACAUUGGAAGCAAUAACUAUGGGGCCCCAGCUUGGGGUGUUCACUAUGGGGAUCUUGAUGCCCUGGGUAGAUGGACUGGGAGCGUUAAUAGGAGGAAUGACUGGUUUAGUAUCAAUGGCGUGGUGGUGUCUAUCAGCACAGUUGGCUAUAGCCAGCGGUUACAUCACCCACCCACAUAAGCCACUCAGUGUAGAUGGAUGUCUGUAUAAUCAUACACUGGAAUUCAAUAAUGUGGAUACGGUUGAAAGGGUGGAAGUCAAUCCAAUAUUACAUGUAUCAUACAUGUGGUAUACGCUCUCUGGAUGUGUGAUAACAAUGUGUAUAGGAAUGUUGAUAUCAGGUGUAAGCAAAGCUUUGGGAAAAGCCUACGUCCCGCCCGCGCCUAAACUUCUCGCUCCACAGAUAAGGAAAUUAUUUCGAGACCCACCUCAUCCGAAGGAAGAACCAUUUAUUUGUGCUUAUAAGUGUCCUAAGGACAAGCAGCAGAAAUCUACAUCACUAAACAAGCAGUCUAUUCAAGGAAACGCACAAGACACAAACCGAGACUGAAAUUAUUUAUUUUAUUUAUAAAUAUAUGUUUUCGUAAUUUA